AUGUCCAGAAAAGUUGUAUCUAGGAGGGCUUUGGAAGUGGAGUUUGCAGGAGUAUUGCUUGCUUUAGUUCUACUUGUUUGCAUUUCAGAGGGGUUGAAUUCUGAAGGGCUUUACCUUUUAGAGCUGAAGAAGAAUAUUUUGGAUGAAUCAAAUAAUUUGGGAAGUUGGAACUCUGCUGAUCAAACACCGUGUCGAUGGAUGGGUGUGAAUUGCACUUCUGGUUAUGAUCCAGUGGUCCAAGGUCUUAAUUUGAAAUCCAUGAAUCUUUCAGGAACCCUGAGCCCAAGCAUUGGUGGUUUACUUCACCUAACUUCACUUGAUCUUGCAUCCAAUGGUUUCUCUGGAGGCGUACCCAAGGAGAUUGAAAACUGCUCAAGUUUGGAAAAGCUUUAUCUCAACGAUAACAAGUUUACUGGCCAGAUACCUGCCAAAUUGGGUAAGCUUUCUAAAUUAAGAAGUUUAAACUUCUGCAAUAACAAAAUCUCUGGUCCCCUUCCUGAGGAACUUGGGAACUUGUCUUCACUGGUUGAGUUUGUGGCAUACACCAACAAUAUUACUGGUUCAAUACCUCAUUCUUUUGGAAAUCUCAAAAAUCUGGUAACUUUUCGAGCUGGGCAGAAUGCUAUUUCUGGUAGCAUACCAGCUGAAAUAGGUGGAUGUCAGAACUUGAAGCUGCUUGGUCUUGCUCAAAAUGCUAUAGGAGGGGAGUUACCUAAGGAGCUUGGGAUGCUUGGGAGCAUGACUGAUCUGAUUCUGUGGGGUAAUCAGAUUUCGGGGUUUAUUCCUAAGGAGAUUGGAAAUUGCAGUAGUCUUGAGACAAUUGCUUUGUAUCAGAACAAUCUUGUCGGGGAUAUACCUCCAGAUAUUGGGAACCUCAAGUCACUGAGGAGGUUGUACCUCUAUAGGAAUGGCUUGAAUGGAACCAUUCCUAGGGAAAUUGGAAAUCUUUCAUUUGCUGCUGAGAUUGAUUUUUCGGAGAACUAUUUGACAGGUGAGAUACCAUAUGAGUUAAGUAAGAUAAGUGGUCUAAGCUUACUGUACCUUUUCCAGAACCAGCUCUCGGGUGUGAUUCCAAAUGAGCUAAGUAGCUUGAGGAAAUUAUCAAAGCUUGACCUUUCAAUUAAUGAGCUUGAAGGACUUAUUCCGUAUGGGUUUCAGUAUUUGACUGAGUUGAGCCAGUUACAGUUGUUCGAUAACUCUCUAAGGGGUAGCAUACCUCUGUGGCUUGGGCGACACAGCCAACUUUGGGUUGUUGAUCUUUCAGAUAACUUCCUGACUGGGAGAAUACCUCCAUACCUUUGUCGGCAUUCCAAUCUAAUCUUGUUGAAUCUGGAGUCUAAUGAUCUUUAUGGAAAUAUUCCGACUGGAGUUUUGAACUGUGAAUCAUUGGUGCAACUUCGCCUUGUUGGGAACAGGCUUACUGGAAGCUUCCCUUCAGAGUUAUGCAAUUUGGCAAACCUUUCUGCAAUUGACUUGGACGGGAACAAGUUCACCGGAUCGAUUCCUCCAGAGAUUAAAAAUUGCCAAAAGUUGCAAAGGCUUCACAUUUCUGACAAUUACUUCACAUCUGAGUUGCCUAAGGAAAUAGGAUAUCUAUCUCAAUUGGUCACUUUCAACAUAUCAUCCAAUUUUCUAGCUGGGCAGAUUCCUCCAGAAAUUGUAAACUGCAAGAUGCUUCAACGACUUGACCUCAGUCGGAAUAAAUUCAUUGGUGCUCUGCCAAAUGAGCUGGGAACGCUUUUGCAGUUGGAGAUUUUGAGGCUUUCAGAAAAUAGGUUUACUGGAAAUAUACCAGCAGCACUAGGAAACCUCUCACAUUUGACAGAGUUGCAGAUGGGUGGAAACUUGUUUUCUGGUAUAAUACCGCCUGAAUUGGGUUCUCUUUCAAGCUUGCAGAUUGCAAUGAAUCUCAGUUUUAAUAAUCUCAGCGGGAGCAUUCCACCAGCGCUUGGAAAUCUUAUUUUACUUGAAUUCCUUCUACUCAAUAACAAUAAUUUGACUGGUGAAAUUCCCAGCACAUUUGAAAAUUUGUCAAGCUUAUCGGGCUGCAACUUCUCUUACAAUGACCUUACCGGAUCUUUACCUCCCAUCCCUUUGUUUCAGAACAUGGCAAUUAGCAGCUUUAUCGGAAAUGAAGGUCUUUGUGGUGGGCCUCUCGGUGUUUGUAGUGUAAAUUCCUCUCCAAAUUCUGAUCCAUCUCUGAAUAGAGUGGAUACUCCUCGCAGUAAAAUCAUUACAAUAGUUGCAGCUGUUGUGGGUGGUAUAUCUCUUGUUUUGAUUGCUGUUCUCUUAUAUUUCAUGAGAGGUCCAGGUCAGACGGUUCCUUCUAUGCAAGAUAAGGAUAGUUUGCCUCCUGAUACAGAUAUAUACUUACCUCCAAAGGAAGGGAUCACAUUCCAAGACCUGGUUGAGGCGACAAAUAACUUUGAUGACAGCUAUGCUGUUGGAAGGGGAGCUUGUGGAACAGUUUAUAAAGCAGUAAUGCGUUCUGGACUUAUUAUUGCUGUUAAGAAGCUUUCAGCUAACCGGGAGGGCAACAACAUUGAAAACAGUUUCCAGGCUGAGAUUUUAACCCUGGGAAAUAUAAGGCAUAGGAAUAUUGUGAAGCUCUAUGGAUUUUGUUAUCACAAGGGUUCCAACCUACUUCUUUAUGAGUACAUGGAAAAGGGUAGCUUGGGUGAAUUACUUCAUGGUGAAUCUUGCAGCCUGGAGUGGCCAACUCGUUUCAUGAUUGCUCUUGGAGCUGCUGAAGGUCUUGCUUAUUUACAUCAUGACUGCAAACCGAGGAUUGUCCACCGUGAUAUAAAGUCCAAUAAUAUUUUGCUAGAUGAGAAGUUCGAAGCCCAUGUUGGUGAUUUUGGUUUGGCAAAAGUGAUUGACAUGCCUCAUUCAAAAUCAAUGUCAGCAGUUGCAGGAUCAUAUGGAUAUAUUGCUCCUGAGUAUGCAUACACCAUGAAGGUCACAGAAAAAUGUGACAUAUAUAGCUAUGGGGUUGUUCUAUUGGAGCUGCUAACCGGGAGAACUCCUGUACAAUCAGUCGAUCAAGGAGGUGAUCUUGUCACGUGGGUUAGACACUACAUCAGGGAUCAUUCUUUGACAUCUGGGAUACUCGAUAGCCGGUUGAAUCUUGAAGACAAAAGUAUGGUUGAUCACAUGCUUACUGUCCUAAAAAUUGCUUUGAUGUGCACUAGUAUGUCCCCCUUUGACCGUCCAUCGAUUCGAGAAGUUGUGUUGAUGCUUAUCGAGUCUAAUGAGCAAGAAGGAGACUUUGAGCCAUCUCCAACUUAUGAUCUUCCUUUGAAAGACGAUUCAGAUCUUCUUUUGACAGAUGAUUCAGAUCUUGCAUUGAAAGAUGAUACCCGAUGACAGUAUAUGACAGAUAGCAAAAUUACUAACUCAGAUGAUUUUUUGAGGUGCCGAUUCUUCCCAUUAUUUCCAACAACCAAAUGGUAAUAUUCUGUACAUUUUGAAUUUGAUUCUCUAUAAAUCGAAAAU